AUGGCCUCCGAUCAGACCCCCGGGGAAUUCGACUACGAAGCCCUCCCCUCCAACUAUGGCCUUGGCCGUAACAUGCUGGCGGGUGCUUUCGCGGGAAUCGCGACUCGCAUGCAAAUUCUGAACCCUGCGUCCGGUGGCCUCUACACGGGAUUGACCAACGCGGUCUCUACAAUUUAUCGGGUUGAGGGCUGGCGGACACUAUGGAAGGGUGUCUCAAGUGUGGUUGUUGGAGCGGGUCCGGCACACGCGGUGUACUUCGGAACAUAUGAGAUCGUGAAGGAAAUGGCGGGCGGAAACGUCGAUGACGGACACCACCCUCUGGCUGCUGCUAUGAGUGGAGCCUCCGCGACAAUCGCCAGCGAUGCGCUGAUGAACCCAUUCGAUGUCAUGAAGCAACGUAUGCAGGUUCACGGCUCCGUCCACAAGAGCCUCGCUCAAUGCGCCAAGACACUCUACCGCACCGAAGGUCUUCAGGCUUUCUACGUUUCCUACCCUACCACACUUUGCAUGACCGUGCCAUUCACGGCUACCCAGUUCGUUGCCUACGAGUCGAUCUCAAAGAUCAUGAACCCUAAGCAAGAUUACGAUCCUUUCACCCACUGCAUGGCUGGUGGUUUGGCCGGUGCUUUCGCGGCCGGUCUCACGACCCCUCUGGAUGUGGUCAAAACCCUCCUCCAAACCCGGGGACUUGCGGAUAGCGAGGAGGUGCGAUCUGCACGGGGUUUGUGGAACGCCGCCGGCAUCAUCAAGCGCCAAUUCGGCUGGUCAGGAUUCCUGCGCGGCAUGCGCCCUCGUAUUAUUUCCACUAUGCCUAGUACCGCGAUUUGCUGGACAUCCUAUGAGAUGGCCAAGGCUUACUUUAAGGAACAAUACGACUAA